CUGGUUACCUCCACUCUCUGCUUAUCUUGCGUCUUCUCGCGAUACUACGUUAGAUAUUAUGCCUCGAUAGCCAUGAUUACGGUCACAUUGCUCACACAUUGUUGUAUCCUAAGAUAUUACUCAGUAGAAUAAACAGCAGCACAUACCACUCGUAACGUCUAUAGCGAUACGUUUCCUUGUUGGUCUCGGAAGAAUUACUGUUGGGACUUGACAAACCAAAUCAAGCGCUUUUCUGUGGAAUAAGAGGAAAUGUCCCUGUCAGGCUGGGUGUGUGUAGUAACAGGUGCCUCCAGAGGCAUCGGCAAGGGAAUAGCUCUCCAGCUGUCUGAGGCAGGAGCCACGGUCUACAUCACAGGGCGCCAGCAGAGCACUCUGAAUCAAACCGCUGCACAGGUUAAGGAGAGGGGAGGAAACUGUGUGCCUGUUAUCUGUGAUUCUACCAAAGACAAAGACAUUGAAGACCUGUUUGAACAGAUCAAACGUGAACAGAAAGGCAGGCUGGACAUCCUGGUUAACAAUGCCUAUGCUGGAGUACAGGCUAUCUUUGAGAAUAUGGGGAACAAGUUCUGGGAAACGGAUCCGUCCAUUUGGGAUUCCAUUAAUAACACAGGCCUCAGGGGCCACUAUUUCUUCUCAGUUCAUGCAUCACGGAUGAUGGUGGCUCAAGGACGGGGUUUGAUAGUCACCAUUUCAUCUAUGGGUGGGCUGCGGUAUCUUUUCAAUGUACCAUAUGGUGUUGGUAAAGCCGCGUGUGACAGGCUGGCAGCAGACAUGGCCGUUGAGCUGAAAAGUAGAGGAGUGGCUUCUGUCAGUCUGUGGCCAGGAGCGGUACAAACAGAGUUGGUGUCUCAGUUAAUACUGGAGAAAGAAACACCACAGGGUGUAGAUUCCAAGUUUAAAGAUGUGUUUGCCAGUGGAGAAACCCCAGAAGUGAGCGGGAUGUGCAUUGUCAGUCUGGCAAAAGAUACAAAUCUGAUGUCUCUGACUGGGAAAGUACUCAUGACUUGUGACCUGGCUAGGCGCUAUGGGAUACGAGAUGUUGAUGGACGGAGUGUAACUGAUUACACGUCCCUUAAAUUCCUCCUGACGCAGGUCCCAUAUCUCUCCUGGCUGUCAGCUGUUGUCCCUUCAUUCGUACGCCUGCCACGCUUUGUGCUCAGCUUGGCUAAUAGCCACUUCUAAACAUUCUCUACAUCCGUACCGAAGUGGCAGUAUCACACUGUGUUUUCAACUACAUGGUCAAAAUUCUAGCUAAACCUAUAG